AUGAUGAGAGAUCUGACAAUACGAAAAAAUUCAGCAAGUGCUGGACGCAAGUACACAUCUCAUACUACAACAUCGAAUCAAACAGGCUUUGGUGUCGGUGGUACAUCGAAGAAUCAGAAAGGGCUACGUAGAAGAGACGUGACACCGUCACGAGCUUACGUCGGAGGAGGCUUGUGUGCUGGUGGAGGCGAUCGUUACGUUGCGUUGAGGAAGAGCGAACAGGAUCUGGAACUUGCUAACUAUCUACUGGCUCAGCCAUCUGAUUCUACUUUCAACACAUCAAAUUCUGCUCCUUCUAGUCCACAAAAGAAUUACGAACAGGAACAGAUGAAAAGAAUGAUGAGAGUGAAAUCUGCUGGUAAUCUCACGGAUGCUGGUGAGGAUGAUCGCAUUCUGUGCUAUAAGAAAAACAUGGCACCAUUACCCGCCGUAGGGCAUCUUAAUCAGGCAAAGGUGCUAUAUUCAACGUGUGUCCAACCGGCUUCUACGGUCAAAAAAUCGACGAGGCACAUCCCUCAACAGCCAGAGCGGGUCCUCGAUGCACCGGAACUGAAAGAUGAUUACUAUAUGAAUAUUAUUGAUUGGAGCAGUUGUGGCGUCGUUGCUGUGGCAUUGUCUUUCACAUUGUACUUAUGGAAUGCCGAUAGCGGAGAAAUUCAGAUUUUGUUUGAGCUAGAUGAAACUAACGAAAUGAACCUGAUCACCUCGGUAAAAUGGUCGUUGGACGGGAAAUUCCUUGCAGUUGGAUUCAAGGAUGGCUCCCUGAAGUUGUACGACCCUCAUCGCGUACCUCCACCAAACGGGAAACUGGAACUGAGAACAAUGAAGCCUCCCCGACAAUCUCGAAACGGUGUGCUGGGCUGGCGUGGCGCUGUCGUUUCAGCUGGAUAUCAGUCCGGUCAAGUCAUUCAUCACGACGUUCGUAUUCCAAACCAUAUAAUAGGCAUAUGGGAAGGCCACGAUCGAGAGGUUGUUGGUCUCCAUUGGUCGCAUAAUCAGACUAAACUGGCUUCCGGUAGCGGGGACAACACAGUUCGUGUAUGGGACGACUCUCGCAUCGGAAGUACCACCUCGGAAAGCUUAUUCGUUCUUGACGAACAUGUUGGAUCCGUUCGGGCGGUUCAGUUCUGCAAUUUCAAGUCAAGUCUUUUGGCCACCGGCGGAGGCAUGCAAUGUAAGACCAUCAAGUUGUGGAACGUCAACAGCGGGCAAUUACUAAAAAGCAUUGAUACCGGGUCUGCUGUAAAUGGCAUUAUUUUCAAUAGCGACUACAAGGAAAUGAUGUCAGCUCAUGCUUGUGGUAAACUGGUCAUAUGGAAACAUCCUAACUAUACUGAGAUAGCGAAACUAUCAGGUCAUGCACCCGAGCGUGCGAUCUCAAUAGUUCAAUCUCCAUGUGGUCAGUUCGUGAUGACUGCAGGUGGCGAUGAAGCUCUUCGAACGUGGCAUCCCUUCAAGGUCGACAAGAGUACACAUCAGUUGGCACAACGCAGCAAAAUGUUCAAUUCACUGACUAUUCGAUAG